CUCAAUCAAACCAGACUAAACCAACUUUAAACAGAUCACACCAAAUCAAAGAUUUGUGGUGCAAAUAAAAACUAUCAUUAAUUAAUGAAUGAAACUCGAAUAGAGUAAAUAAGCGGCCGUCUUCCUCAAAGUAGGGUUUGAGAACUGCGCAUUGGUUGCGGCGUUAUUCCGGCAUUACCGGCAGAGAGGUGGAAUUAUUUUGCUUCUCCCCCGCACGGUUGGCUUUGCUUUCUUCUAAUACUCGUCGUCGGUAAAGCACAGAAGCAAGCAUGAGCUUUCCUUGGGAGAGUACACCAAGGCGGACGUCAUCAACAUUUCCUCAUCCUCUUACAUGGACGAGCGUCAAGGCAUCUUCCGGGAUGGAGGACAUCGCAGAGCAAUACAACAAUAUGGCCAUAGGCGGGGACGAGGGCGAGAUUAUCCUGGACGAGGAGACAGCCGGUGAGGAAGAGGGCUCGGUUCGCAGUGCUAAUUUCCCAGUCGUGAGUACUCUUCUCACAGACAAAAUGGUGAAAUUUAACGUGUUUAGGGAUCUCAUGGCUUCUAUUUGGCGUCCUGGGAAAGGGAUCUCAAUCAAAGAAAUCGGUGAGAAAAGGCUUCACCUUUUAUCACAUUGUUGACAUGGAACGUGUGCUUGGAAGUGACCUGUGGCUGUUUGAACAAAAUCUGUUGGUGCUCAGAGCAUUAAAAUCGGGAGACAUUCCUCUUCGGGUCCCUCUUAAUGAGGUUGAUUUUUGGGUGCAGGUACAUAAUGUACCUUAUGAUUUUAUGAAUUUAGGCGUGGCUAGGAGAGUUGGUAAUUUUAUCGGCAAGUUUAUUAGUUUUGAUGAAAGUCAGUUUGAGGACAUGUGGAAUUCCUAUAUGAGAAUUAGGGUUUGUAUGGAUGUAGGGAAGGCUUUGAAAGUGGGUACGACCCUUAGAAAGGGACGAGGUACAAGUCAUUGGGUGGAUUUUAAGUACGAGAAAUUUCCUAGUUUUUGUUUUGCUUGUGGUAUCAUUGGUCAUGCUGACAGGUUUUGCCCUUUGGCAUAUGAGUGCGAGAACAAAUUUUUGAACAAACCUUAUGGGGUUAGUCUCCGUGCUGGAGGGGGGGGGGGGGGGGGGGGAAUCUCGCCCGAUGGGGGGCAAUAAGUGGUUGAUUCUUGAAGGCUCUUCAGGUGGGAAGGGAUCGACCCGGCAGGGCAACUCUCAAGACAAAGAAAGUGAUGAAACUGGAAGGGGUGGAGCAGCAAGGCAACACAGGAUCCUCAUCGAGGUGGACAGCAGCAAGGAUAAAGCUGAGGCGGGGAAGCUGCAACUACUGAAGGGGCUUCGGGAGAACAGAAACGUAGAAGGAUGUGGGAGGAAAAACAACAUGAGAAUAAUGGAGGGGACACCAUGGCUCUAGACUUCCCAAAAAACGGGGAGGGGGCGGGUUCUGGUAUCUAGACCCACCGCGAUCCAUGAAGAUGUUCCAGGACAGGGAAGGACACGGGGAGAUGAUCGAGAUGGUUAGGGUGCAGACGAAGUUCCACUUUUAUGCUUUCUUUUUGGCUUUUUGCAUUGAUCAGACUGUUUUUGUUGUUGUCAUUUACUUUUAUUUUUGUCAGACUCUUGCAUUAGGAUUGGGCGAUGAGGAAUCUAUUUUGAUCGUGUUAGGCUCAUUUAGAUCCAUUAUAGGAUCAACGAGUCAUAUUGCUUUUUACGAAGUGGCUGACUCUAAGUCUGAUUCGAGGAUCAGCGGAUAGAAGUGCUCCUCUUAUCUUCUUGUUACCUUUCUGAAUGCAGUGAAUGAAACUCGAAUAAGUGAAGGUUUUUGUCGACCACAUACAGUGGUACGGUACACACGAAUUACUCCAUUUUCAGCAACGAUAAAUGCAAAUUUAAUUCAUUGUCUGGCGCUGCAAGCAUUAAUUAGUGCAGACGUGCAGUGUUAAUUAAUUAAUUAAUUAAUUUGAGGGUUAGGUUUGAGCUUAUAGUUAUGGCUUAGAUUGACGUUGCACUCCCUAGAAAGCAAAGGGAGCGGAUUAUAUGCCGCAGAGUGCAUCUCUGUACGUACAAGUGUAAUUGGA